UCCAGCCGAGUCCACUCUUCUGCUUUUUGGGUUUUGACCUGGUUACAACACCAUCGCUUCCCUCACGUUUCAGAGCUUCUAAACCUACCAGGUCUGAUCGGUUCUUUAGAUCUGACUUUAGACCGUUUCGUUUGAGUCUUUUUGUUUUCACUGCAGAAUAAAAACCUCACAAAAGCGGCAAGCUCCUCUCAGACGUUCACUCAUGAAAGGCUGUUGUGCAUGUUUUGUUUCAGUUUCAUCAUGACCACACGUAGCCUCUGGAGUCCUCUGUGCCUGCUUGAUUACAACAGUCUGGAAAGCCCUGACCUGCAAGCAUCCACCAGAACAUCAGCCUGAGCAUUUGGACAAGUUUCACACUGCUUCCCAACCGGCUGCUGCUACCAUGGCUGAAGACACACCGCUGCUGAACAGAAAAUCAUCCUCAUCUGAUUCACAGAUAAAUAACUCCAGACUGUAUCUGGCCGUGUUCUCGGCUGUUUUGGGGAACUUCAACUUUGGUUACUCCCUGGUCUACUCCUCUCCCGUCCUGCCAAAGUUCAAAAGUCCUGAUGCCGACCCUCGGCUCAGGAUGGACACAGAACAGGCCGCCUGGUUCGGCUCCAUCUACUCUCUUGGUGCAGCAGCCGGCGGGCUUGGGGCCAUGCUCCUCAAUGACCUUGUAGGACGGAAGCUGAGCAUCAUGAUGUCGGCAGUGCCGUCGACUAUUGGGUACAUGCUGAUGGGAGGAGCAGUGGAUCUGUGGAUGCUCCAUUUAGGUCGUUUCUUGACUGGUGUUGCCGGGGGGAUGACUGCAGCAUCCAUUCCAGUUUAUAUCUCCGAGAUCUCCCACAGAAAGGUCAGAGGAGCUCUUGGCUCCUGCCCUCAGAUCACGGCUGUGUUUGGGACAUUGACGCUCUACGCGCUCGGUCUGGUGGUGCCGUGGCGGUGGUUGGCGGUGGCGGGGACGGUGCCUGCUAUGCUGAUGGUUUUCCUCUUGACAUGUAUGCCCUCAUCCCCCAGGAGACUCCUCUCCCUCGGCCGAGAGCAGCAUGCAGAGAAAAACCUCCGCUGGCUGAGGGGAAGUAACUACAACACACAUGCUGAGCUCAGAGCCAUACAGCACAGCAUUAACACACAAGUGAGGAUUUCAUGGUCUCAGCUGGCCAAACCCAUCUAUUACAAGCCAAUCGCGAUCUCAGUGGUGAUGCGUUUCCUGCAGCAGAUGACCGGCAUCACACCCAUUCUGGUCUACCUGGAGCCCAUUUUUGCAAAAAGCAGCGUCUCCCUAGAGCCCAGGUACGACGCUGCCAUUGUGGGUGCUGUCCGGCUCUUUUCUGUUGCCGUAGCAGCCAGCUUGAUGGACAAGGCAGGACGCAAGGCCCUGCUGUAUACUUCCAGCAUGCUGAUGUUUCUGUCGUCUCUGACCCUGACCAUGAUCUCGCACACCACGCCAUGCCCUCCAGGCCCUGCUCCGCACAAUCUCACCGCUCUGGGCUACCACUCGCAGAAUGAACUGGGGAGUGUGUUACAAGCUGUCCAGCAAAGUACUGCUAGCCUCAUCCCUCUCAUCAGCACGGUGGUGUUCAUAUUUGAGACAGCUUUGUACUUGACUGGCUCAUACCAGUUGAUCUUCAUCCACAUCCUCAGUUGUGGUCACAAGCAGCCAAAAUGGAUUUCCUCUGCAGCUCUCCUCCGCAUUAAGAAGAUCCAGCUGAGGUGAUCCAGAUGGCUCCUGCCAGCAGGAGGCCCCCGGGUUGACCCCAGACACAUUGAAGGUGCCAUGUUGGCCAUAGAAUGCCUGCUGGAUCUGGUGGAAGUUGCUAGAAAGAUAACAGUUUGGGUUGCCCCAGCGACCUGGACCUAAAUAUGCUGACAAUAACAAAUGAACAAAUGAGUUCUCCCUCCAAGCACCUUAAUGAAUGCAUGGCAGCAUCUCCAAGCAUUGAGAGGGUGAAGGAGGAAGCGCUUGUAAAAAAAAAGAGUAACUAAAGUUUAUUUAUGAAGCACUUACCACAGAAAGAACAAAAUAAAAAUAAGUCAUAAAAUCAUAAAAUGAUCAUAAAAAACAUAAGUUUUUCACAGCAGAUGUUCUUUAAAUGCCAUUCAAUACUUUGAAGAAGUUUUUGACAUGUUGCAAUUCCUUUUGAGACUAAACAUGAACCUGAGGCAAUUGUCAUGUUUAAUAACACCAUAAAGUACAAGGUAUAAACAUGUAGCUCCACAGGUGACACUUAGAAUAUGGAGCAACAGUUCAUUUAUUUUAGUAAUUCAACUUAAAAGGAGAAACUAAUACAGGAGAUAGACACAGUAGAGGCAAAGACAGAUGUUUCGUGUCUUUUUAUUUUGUGAUGAUUGUGGCUUACAGCGCAUGAAAACCCCAAAUUCAAAAUCUCAGACAAGAAUAUUGUGAAAAGGUUCAAUAUUCUAGACUCAAAGUGUCACACUCUGAUCAGCAAAUGAUUCCAGAACCCCCGCAGAGGUUUACUGAGCCUUUAGAUGGUCUCUCAGUCCAAGUUAAAUUACAGAAAUAAAUGAACUUUUGCAUCAUAUUCUAAUUUUUAGAGUUUUAUCUGUAUAAAUAUGUUUUCAUUGCACCUCUUUAAUAUUCUUUAUGCAUGAAAUUAUAGUUUAAGACGAUGCAGCUGUAAUUUCAGGGUGUAAUUUUGCAGCUGGUGUUGAAAAUGCUGUGCUCUGCAACAGCGUCCUGAACAACAGGCCUUGUGAUGAUUGAACAAACUAGUUUGUGACACAAAAAGCAGAAACUUCUCUUUUUAUUAGGGAUGCACCGAUGGAUCGGCAUUUGAUCCCAAUCGGCCGAUAGCGCCCCA